AAAGAUCAGCAACUUGCAAUAAGCAGCUUCUUAUGGCGUUGUCUUUCCUCCACCUUACCAUCGUCUUCAUCUCCCUGUUCUUCCUCGGAGGGGCCAACGCCAAGUACUUUAACCUUGUCAACAAGUGCAAGAAAACCAUAUGGCCUGGGAUCUACUCAGGAGCUGGAUUAUCCCAGCCCUAUGACAGCGGGUUUGCAUUGGCACCCGGCCAGACCUACUUGUACGAGUCGCAGUACCAGUGGACUGGCCGAAUCUGGGCCCGCACCGGCUGCAGGUUCGAUGCCACCGGGAAGGGGAAGUGCGCCACCGGUGACUGCAAUGGGCUGCUCAAAUGUGACGGAUAUGAGGGGACCCCGCCUAUGACCGUCGCCUUGUUCAGUGUGGACACCCCCGAUGACACCUACAGUGUGGACCUCCAGCACGGCUUCAACGUGCCAGUGUCAGUGACCACCCAAGGAGGGACGGGCCAGUGCCAGCCCAGUGCAUGCAUCGCAAACCUGAGGCGUAAAUGCCCCACGGGCCAGCGUGUCUUGAACAGAAAGGGGCGCCCAGUGGGCUGCAAGAGCGCCUGCGAUGCCUUUGGCGAUGCUGCCAAUUGCUGCACGGAUCCCUUCACCGCCUGGAAGUGCAACCCAACCAACUACACCAAGCUGUUCAAGGCCGCUUGCCCGACCGCUGUUACCUUCCUAUAUGACAAGGAUUUUACGUGCAAAGGAUCAAACUUCACGGUUACCUUCUGCUAGGCCUGUCGCAACAUUGACGUCGUCAUCAUCACUAUCCGAUGAUAUGAUGAAAUAUGCCAUAAUGAGUGGUAUUCAUCACAUUUUUCAUAUGUAAACUUGACAGAGAAAAUACUCUAAUGCAGAGACUAAACUAAGCUCCUUAAAUAUAUAUAUAAUUAUCUCCGGUGACCUGCUUCCCGGCAUGUCUUACUAUAGUAGAAAUCAUAACUGUAAGCAGAUCGUAGUACUCCUAGCCGAGGUGCUCGCCAUUCUUUUCCGUUAGUUUGAGCUCAUUUGCUUCGCUUGUGGUUGUAACCCUUGCCACCAUGAAUUUGCUAGUAACUUUCUCUUUCCGGUU